ACUGUACGUUGCCCCUGCGUCAUGUGUAAAUUACGAAUACUGUUGAUCUGCUAUUCAAUCGUGUUCGCUACUGCAAAACUGUGCAAGGUCCCAAACGGGGGUGCAGGCGAAUGCAAGGCGAUAUCAAAAUGUCCAGUUCUGAACGAUCUGGAAAACAAACCGUGCAAGAGCGAAGCGGAGGAACUAUUCUUGCAACAGACCUUGUGCGGGAAUUCAUUUUCUUAUAUUAUUAAGGUGUGCUGUCCAAUCGAUACAACGUCGUUCCGGAUCAAGCCGGUUGUAUAUACAGUAACAAAGGAAACUACACCAAAAACAGAACCAAAACCAGAACCGAAACCAGAACUAAAACCAGAACCAAAACCAGAACCGAAACCAGAACUGAAACCACUUGUACUUUCUAGACCAGAGACGAAUCCAACUGUCGGUAUCGAUGAUAAGAUAAACAACAAUGAUAAAACAAUCAUGGAGAAUAUUUCCGUAGAUCCAGAUGGCACUUGCGGAAUUGACUCUACUAGCGGCAAUAAAAUUUUUGGAGGUGAAGCGACUAACAUUGAUCAGUAUCCCUGGUUAGCUUUACUACAAUACGCGAGAGAAUUCCUUCUCUGCAGCGGCAGUUUAAUUUCUCCAAAGUUAAUUUUGACGGCUGCACAUUGCAUCAGCGGGUCAAAUAGAGCUCCGCUUUUCGCCCGUCUAGCAGAAUACAACAUAACCUCAUACCCAACAGACACCGUAGAAACUGAUGGUGGUGGUUUUGACUCUUCAACUGUUGUUAUCAUUCCAGUUGAAAAUACACUCGCGCAUCCAGACCACAAUCGUAGCAAAAGGCUGCAUGACAUAGGUUUUGUUAAGCUCCAGAGGGCCGCCGUUUUGUCAGAUUUUAUAAAAAUUAUCUGUCUACCCACAGUGGACCUUUUCCCACAGUUUAAUAAAAAGACAAAUUUUACUGUGGCUGGAUGGGGAUUGGACGAGUCUGGAGAAUCUAGUGACGUUAAGAAACAUGUGAUGCUUCCGUUUGUCAAAGACGACUACUGCAAGGAACGUUAUUCGGACCUACCACUUUUAAAUGUUAUAUGUGCGGGAGGUGAAGCUGGCAAGGACACUUGUAAUGGCGACUCGGGUGGUCCGCUGAUGUACGAAGUUAGUCCGUCAUUUGUUAUCAUUGGUGUACUGAGUUUCGGUUACCGUGAAUGUGGAAUUGCUGGUUGGCCUAGUGUUUACACUAAUGUCUUUCAAUAUAUAAAGUGGAUUAGGGAUGUUACUGAGGGUAGGAUUAAAAUCUAAUAUUUUAUUGGAUAAUAUAAUUUUGAGUUUAAAGUGUAUGGUUAAGGUUGCUCCACUAUUAACUUUUAUAUCAAAAACUUUUUAACGUUAAUAUUGCACAGUUAGAAGGUUACCAUAAGUCUGAAUAAAUAUUUUUUUUAAUUAAAACGAUUUUGUAGAAAAUAUUUAUAAUCCUAACUUUAAGAUACCUGAACACACAGAUUAAUUAAUUUGACAUAAUAAAUUAAUUUCCAACGCUUUCACUUAAGCGUCAAAAUUUAUAAAUCUUUGAAUCAAUACUCACGAGAACGAAUCUCAAUUAGUAUUAAGCUGUUAUGUAAAUUUUACACAUAAAAUGUGGUG